AUGAAAAUACUAAAUAAUCCAAGAUUAAACUCACUUCUAAGAAAUUGGGAGUAUAAAUUAGCUAUAUUUGUUGGUUGUUAUUUUUUGUUCUCACAUAUUGUAUUGGAAAAUACUCAUAAUAUUAAAGAAACUGGAUUGAAAAAUCAUUUAAAAGUAAUACCGGAGGAAGCAAUAGAAUAUUAUGAUAGAUCAACUACCUUAAAUAAUGUUGAAAAAUUAGCAUAUAUGCAAUAUGCAACCAAUUAUGAUUAUUUAAACCUUGCAAUUAUAAAUUUCAUACAUCUAAGAAAAUCAAAUACGCAAAUUCCGAAUCUAGUUAUUAUUUAUGAUGAAAUAUUACAAUAUUAUGCAAGUAAUAGAUGGACUGAAUUAUUUCAGUUGGCAAAUUCAAACCAAAUUACAUUAAUUUCUGCGCCUUUAAUUAAAGCAAGUUAUAAAGAUGAUUCAAAUUGGGCUGCAUCAUUUACAAAAUUUCAUAUUUUUAAUCAAGAUCAAUUUCAUAGAAUUGUUUAUUUUGAUUCUGAUUCAAUGCUUGUUAAUACUAAAAAUGUUGAUGAAACUUUUGGAGUGUCCAAAGAUUACUCAAACUUGGAUGAGUUAUUUAAAUUACCAAAUGAAUUUUCAUUUGUAUUACCCCAGGCAUAUUGGUUAAAUAAUGUUGUUGAAAAUAAAUCACCAAAGCCAAAAUUAAAAGUAGAAUUGCCAAAUAAGAAAAGAUAUACUCUACGUAUGAAGAAAUUAGUAAAUGAUUUAAAGUUAGGCUGGCCACAAUUACCACUGUUGAUUUACGAUCAACAUAAAUAUGAUAAUCCAACCAAUUUCUUUGCAAAUCACAUUAUGGUGAUAAAACCAUCUAAAAAGGUAUUCAAUUCAUUAAUGAACUAUGUUAAUAAUCCAUUUUACUGGUCAAUUACAAACAGAGCAAAUUUAAGAAAACAUAAUGAUUAUGAUAUGGAAAUUUUCAAUAAAUAUUUAAAUAAUGAGUUAAAGAAAAACAAUAUAAAUUUUGGUAUAAUACCUCAUAGAGUUUAUGGAGUUUUAUCGGGUGAAUUUGGUGAAAAAUGGCAUGAAAGAUUUGUAAUUGAACCACAAUAUUUACCAUUUAUAAAUAAACAUCUGAAUAAAGGUUGGGAACCAUUGACAUUUUUUAAAAGAAUCAAAUUAAUACAUUUUUCAGAUAAUCCAAUACCAAAGCCAUGGGAAGAACAAAACAAUUAUGAUCCAUAUAAUUCAAAUAAGAUUUAUUGUGUUGAUGAUGAUAUGGAAAAGUAUAAUGCACAAUUUCCAAGUGAGUUUAAACCAAGACUUAUAGAAGAUUGUGAUAGUGUUAGAAUAUGGAAUUGGUUUAGGGAUCAAUUUAGUGAGGAAAUAAAAGGGAAAUGGCUUGUAUAG